GUUGGUGAGAAGAUCUCCUUUGAUGAAAAGGGAGAAUUCAUUGGUGGAUAUGAUAUUAUCAACUGGGUCACAUUCCCAAACCAAUCCUUUGUUAGGGUCCAAGUUGGGAUGGUAGAUCCCACAGCUCCAGCCGAGAAGUUCUUCAAUAUUUCUGUAGAUUCCAUCACGUGGCCAGUUGGAUUUAAUCAGGCAUUACCUCUAUCUCUGUGUAAUGAUCCCUGUGAGACAGGAUACAGCAAGGAAAAGAUAGAAGGGACAUCCUUUUGCUGCUAUGGUUGCCGUCUGUGUCCGGAGGGGAAAAUAUCAAAGGAGAUGGCUGUCAUCACAGCAUCGGUUCCACCAUAAUGGCCGCCUUCUCUUCUGCCGGUUCAAGGGGCUUUCUUCAGGUCAAACGAGGAGACUGUGCUUUCCUCGCAACCAAUGAAGCAUCCACUCUAUCUUUGUCACCCCUACAGGGUGUCCUUCAGCUCUGUAGAGCCUCUGGGCUGAAGUAAUCAGCGAGACUUCAUGGAGCUUCCGCUAGUCCACACCGCUUCACUGUGACAUCGGCUGCCUUCUCCAAUAAAGUUAUUAUUCG